GCCGGGCGAGCCGGCGGUGGCAGGCAGCGGCCGGGGCAGUCUCGGCCUCGGCGGCCUGGAUGGUUGUGUAGGGGCCGUGGUGCCGCCUCCCGAGCAUGGCGAGGGUCCUGCCCCCGUGCGUGAUAGAGGGAGGCACCGGGUACACAAAACUUGGCUAUGCAGGAAAUACGGAACCACAGUUCAUUAUUCCAUCAUGUAUUGCAAUCAGAGAGUCAGCAAAAGUAGGUGACCAAGCCCAGAGGAGAGUAUUGAAGGGAGUUGAUGAUUUAGACUUUUUCAUAGGAGAUGAAGCCAUAGAUAAACCUACCUAUGCUACAAAAUGGCCCAUACGACAUGGUCUUGUUGAAGACUGGGGUCUCAUGGAAAGAUUCAUGGAGCAAGUAAUUUUUAAGUGUCUUCGUGCUGAACCUGAGCAUCAUUACUUUUUAAUGACAGAACCUCCAUUGAACACUCCAGAAAACAGAGAGUAUCUUGCAGAAAUCAUGUUUGAAUCUUUUAACAUUGCUGUUCAGGCAGUGUUGGCCUUAGCCGCAUCUUGGACUUCACGGCAGGUUGGCGAAUGUACAUUAACAGGAAUAGUCCUUGACAGUGGUGAUGGAGUAACACAAAUUCCUGUGGCAGAAGGUUAUGUAAUUGGAAGUUGCAUCAAACAUAUCCCUAUUGCAGGUAGAGAUAUUACAUAUUUCAUUCAGCAGAUCCUGAGGGGGAGAGAGGUGGGAAUUCCCCCUGAACAGUCUCUGGAGACAGCAAAAGCCAUAAAGGAAACAUAUUGUUACAUUUGCCCUGACAUGGUAAAAGAAUUUGCCAAAUAUGAUAUAGAUCCACAAAAAUGGAUCAAACAGUACACAGGCAUCAAUGCAAUCAACAAAAAUAAAUUCAUUAUAGAUAUUGGCUAUGAGUUUCUUGGUCCUGAAAUUUUCUUUCAUCCUGAGCUUGCUAAUCCAGAUUUUAUGGAAUCCAUUUCGGAUGUAGUUGAUGAAGUUAUACAGAACUGUCCCAUUGAUGUUCGUCGUCCAUUAUAUAAAAAUGUGGUUCUUUCAGGAGGAUCCGCAAUGUUCAGGGAUUUGGGACGUCGACUACAGAGAGACUUGAAAAGAGUAGUGGAUGCAAGAUUGAAACUUAGCGAAGAACUCAGUGGUGGUCAGAUAAAGCCCAAACCGGUUGAAGUUCAAGUGAUAACACACCAUAUGCAGCGCUAUGCAGUUUGGUUUGGAGGUUCCGUGCUUGCUUCAACACCAGAGUUUUUCCAAGUAUGUCACACCAAGAAGGACUAUGAAGAAUAUGGCCCUAGUAUUUGUUGUCAUAAUCCUGUCUUUGGAGUCAUGUCAUAACACUUGUCUAGUGGAAGUCAUGGGUCAGAUAUCUUGCUGGUGAAGAAACUCUUCUGAAAUGGAAGAAGGCAGCAGUUACUGUAAAUACUGAAGCAAGAUGUGGACGUUCAUCUCUUGGAGCUUUUGGAUCUCAUAGUGCACUACAUAUGGCCCAGAACCAUUUCAGUGAAAGCCAAUUAUGUGCCAACUGCCUUUAAAGCCUAUCCCUAUUUCCUUCCUAAAUAUGAGCUUCUAGGUAAUAGGCAAGUCUCCGUUUAGGAGAAUGUGCAAAACAGUACUGGAGUCAGUCUAGGUGUUUAUAACAUUGUCUUACUGCCUCUGGAAAGGAAAAAGGAUUUAAGCCUUUCCCACUUAGGUCGUGAUCCUGCAGUCCAACCUCAAUAGAUGGAUCGCUGUGCCUGUGUGGAGUCCUGUUGACUUCAGUGGGACUCUGCAUGGGUAUAAGUGUCCACCUGCACAGAUUACAUUGCGGGAUUGGGGCCUUUCUUUGUACAUAAAUGUUCUAAACUUGGAAUACAAAUGUAGGUUUCACAUUAUUUUCAAUUUUAGGAUGUUGAGAGGGUGAAAUGACCAGUUCUAAGCACAAAGAGCUAUCCGUGGCAUGGAGUGAUGUUACAAAUUUCCAAUUGUGAGGCAUGUAUUGGAUUUGUACUGGUGUGUCUUGGUGCCAAAACAAAAAAAAAACAACUUUUUUUGUUUUGCCACGUGUGCUAGAAAAUGGUAUUUUGUUUGAGUGACAUGAACUUUAAGCAGUUUACUGGAUUGUUUGAGAUUUAUUACAGCCUAUAUAUUACUUUUUGUUAUGUUUGAAUUUUCUGAAGCUAUUUUAUAGACAAUUAAAUUUUGUUUUGGUGUUGGUGAGUGGUGUAUGAAAUGCUGCCUUGCACCAGUGAAAUAAAAGCUGUUAAUGUCUUUACAAAUACUGUUGUAGUUUGACUGACUUAUAAAUUCCUUUACCUCUGUUUUAUGUUUGCCAAAGUUAUGUUUAUAAUUCCCAGGGCAGCUUUCCAUAUGUUUAUCAAUGUAUAUGAUGCACCUAUUGCAAACUGUAGGUGUAGGUACAUAAUUAUUUAAAUCACUUACAUUAAAUCAGAUAUAGAAUGAUAAAGUAUCGACCUAGGGUCUCAAAGAACUUGGCAAAAAACUCCCAUUCCACCCAGUUCAGGUCACCUCCUUAAGCAAAAGCCCGAGUAAAUGGAAAGCCUGGGAACCAGUGCUUGAAUGUCAAUGAAUUAGAACUGUCAAAAAAUCAGAGGAAAUUAAUCCUGAAAUUAACCCAUUGAGAAUGCCCUGCUUCCAGCUCCCACAUGUGAAUUCUAAAGGUUAUUAGUAAAGUCUCUUCAGCUGGUCUCUACCAAGGUGGAAGGUGAGGAUAGAGGUGGACACUUAGUCUUAGGUGCUCCAAUACGAAGGUGAUGGGGCAGAUUAGUGAGCCUAAACAUAAAACGUAGGGUUUCAUUGAACAAAACCAGUGUUGACAGUUAAAGUAGAGAGACCAUUAAUUAGACAUCAGCUGUGUGGUGUUUUUACAAGUCAUUUUUAAAUGAAUACAGAUGCAUUGUAAGAGUUCAGCCUGGAUUAAACUGGAUAUUUUUGCC